AUGACGGCCAGCCCAGUCAAGGACUUCUCGCCAGGGCCAGAUGAGUGGCAGCAUCUGGAGGACUUGAAUCAGAGACGCCGAGUGCAGAACCGUCUGUCGCAGCGGAAUCGACGGACAAACCUCCGCAAUCAGAACCAGAGACGAGAUACGACGACGAAUACAACCAAGAAGCCCUCUGAGCCCUCGAAACAGACCAGGCAGUUCUUCUGGGUUCCUCCUAAUACCUCGACGGUGAGAGGGGAGCUCCUGACGAAGCGCAAUACCAAUACCAAUAACAAAAGUCACACCAACCCAAAAUCUGAUUCAAUAUCCCGCCCUUCAGAUCCAGAUUCAGAGAUACCCCUUGGUACAAGCUGGCCGGAGAUCUGGGACAGCUCACUACACGGCAAGUCUGCAGACGGAGGACACGGUGGGGAUGGAGAGAUGGACGGCUGGAUUGACAAUCUCAUGCGGCCGCUUGCAGUCAUGCCGAUAGAAGAGGAGAUGCUUCAAUGCGGGUCUCCCAUACCUGGCUUCGACGCGACAAUCACCUUUGACGUCGGAGACGGGAACCCAGUGAGCGUCGAGUCUGACAGCUGCAAGGUACCAGCACCAGUAUCAACAUCCCAGUGUAACAUGCAGGACAUGGAUCGAGAUAGAGACCACUUCUUCGGAUACGCCGCACUCCACGUGGCAGCCAGCCGGGGCCACCUGCCCAUCGUGCAGCUGCUAACAGAGCGGGGCAUGCCCGUCGACCAACUCAGCAGCGAGAACGAAACGGCGCUGCAUGUUGCGGCCGAGAAGGGCCACUUUGCCGUUGCGCGGUUCGUGCUCGAGCGCGGGGCCCAGCCGCAUCGCACCAACCAGCACGGCCAGACGGCGCUGCAUGUUGCGGCCGCGCACGGGCACUGUGAUAUUGUCCGGCUGCUGUGUGGGUAUCUGGCGGACUUGAAUGUGGUGGAUCGGAAUGGGCAUACGGCGCUGCAUAGGGCUGUCGAGGCGGGGCAUGUCGAUGUGGUCAGGGUGAUGCUGGAGCGGGGGAUGGAUGCUGGGGUGAAGGUGGGCAUGAAUCAAUUAAUAUAG